GUUGUAUGAAGGUACUAUAACAACCAGUAUUCUUUCAAAUUCACAUUAAGUUAUAAAUUAUCAAUUUUAUCAUCGGCAUCUCACUCUUAUCCAUCGUUUCACAAUGGUCUACAACUAUACCAAGCCACGCGGUCCUAUAGCGGCUAUGUAUAGUAGCCCAGGGCCUUGUUAUUCACUACCUGGCCUUGUUGGUUAUGCAAGUCAUGAUCCACGUUCUAAUCAUCUCCGUGGGGCUCAGUGGUCUUUCGGUAUUAGACACGGAAAGUUUAGUGACGAAAGCAGUCCUGGACCAUGCUAUUAUCCAGACUCUAAAGUUCUUCGUGACGGAAAGGAUGGAACACCUCAUUACUCCCUCUACAGCAGACAAAAGGAAUCAAUGAUAUUUUCAAAUCCUGGGCCGGGAGCAUACACCCCUGAGAAUAGUGAUCAUUCAGUUUUUCAUAAAGCCCCUGCUUAUUCCUUGAGCUCUCGAAACAAAGAAUUUAAAACAGACGAUGUUCCUGGACCCAACAGAUAUAAUGUAGACCCUAUGCUUGGAAGAACAGUACGUAGUCAAAAGCAGUCAGCCCCCGCCUAUUCUUUAUCAAGUAGAACAAAACUCUUUGGUGCUGCUGAGACACCUGGUGCUGGCGCAUAUAACGUUACUGACCUUAAUUUGUACCAUGAAGCGGCUCCUAAGUAUUCAGUCACGGGGAGAAAUCAGCUCCCAACCGAUUCGACCAGAAAACCUGGACCUGGAGCUUAUCAUCCUGAAAAGGCAAUCAAAUUAAAUAUAGAACGAGUGGUCCUUAGUGACCACUUGCUGUCAUUGUUUUCAAGAAACAAUCGCAUACAGUGACUUUACUGAUAUUCAUGGAGCGCAACCCUGAUAUGUCGUCCAAUAAAAGCACCGAAGGAGAGCUCUGGCAGUCAAUGAAUGCAACAAAGGUAACUACCCUUACAAGUUUCAGUCGCCGAUACUAUCUCUAAAGGUAUAUGCAACUUCAAAGUCUGCACCACAAUUCUCAUUUGGCAUUCGUCAUUCACAAUACAAGGGCGAAUUCAUAACAGAUGCUGAUCUAGAACAGUAAAUAUGCAUCAAGGAUUUGCAACGAAAAAUAUUUGCAUUGAUCUUUCGGAAACCAGAUUUACAGUCUAAACAUUAUGAAUGUAAUUUAUUACGUAUUCACAGGUGAACUUGAAUUCCAUUUAUCUGCGAUGAAAAACAAACAUACUUUAUUACAUCUUAACUUCACAAAUCGUAUUCUUCACUUUUUAUUGUCCUAGUUCAACUACAGCCUUUAUUAAAUUCACUAAGUUGAAUCCACUAUUUUUCUAUUUCAGUGCUCUAUAAAUCAUUAAAUAGAGAGAAGUUUGCUAAAAA